AUGAUAGAUUCGUGGCUUGCAGAUGCUGUCAUGUAUGAACUCUGGGUGGGCUCUGAUGAGAGUCCUGCACAGAAGAUUUAUUAUUCUGAUCUCCCAUGGCCAAUUGGAAAAUUUUUGUAUUUCAAGCAAAUUCGUUUUGCAAAACAACUACUUGGGAUAACAAAAGACAAUGCUGAGAGAAGAGAAGCAGAGAUUUAUAAGAGAGCAACAAUUGCUUAUGGAGCUAUGUCAACUAGGUUAGGGGAAGACUCCUUCUUCUUUGAAAACAGGCCAACAAGUUUGGAUGCAGAGUUCCUUGGGCAUGCCCUUUUUACACUUCAAGCUUUACCU